ACGACACGCACCCACCCCCGUCAGCAACACCACUCCACCAAUCUCCCACCGUCCGACGAAAGGACAUCAUGAUGAACAUUGGAAAGAUGCCCGCCGGAAGAACUGCAUCCAGGCUGGCAAGGGUCGUCGGCAAGAGCGAGGCCAGCAUCCAGAGCAGCGUCCGAGCUGGCUCGAUGAACGCCCUGCUGUCGACGAGGUCGGGCCUCACGGUCACCCAGGCGGCGACCAGGCUUGCCAUCGCGAAGCUCCCGGUCAGGCACAUGUCUGGACAGGCCGACUACGCGGCCAACUACACCGCUGACCAGAAGGCCGUGGACGCCGCGACUAGGCACUGGAGGGACACGGUGACCUCCAACACCGAGGACGCCCCCAAGAAGACCGCCGCCAUCUACGCUGACGACGCGCUGUUCUGGGGAACGGUCUCGGAGGAAGUCCGCAACACGCCCGCGCACGUCUACGACUACUUCGACUUCUUUGCCCGCAUGCCCAAGCUCUCCAUGGUCGCGUACGACCCGGCGCCCCCGCGCAUCCACGGGGACUUCGCCAUCCACGCCGGCGCCUACACCUUCGCCUGGGCGGGAGCGGACGGGGCCAUGACCGAGACGCGGGCGCGCUUCACGUUCGCGUACCGAAGGGAGAACGGCAAGUGGGUGAUGAUCGAGCACCACUCGUCCGCGAUGCCCAAGGCGCCCCCGGGGCUCAAGCCCGCCCAGCACUAAGAUGCCUCCGGAGAUGAAGACGCAGACAGACGCGUUCACUCACGCACAGCAAGCACCUGGUCGAUUAGGAAUGGCCAGCGGGCGGGCAGUAGGCACAAGGGAAGUACCUCGAAUCUCGUAAAUAUCUUGAUUCGUUUUUGAUGAUGCCGGAUUUGCGAUAGCUCGUCUAGAUAGAAGCAGGUCUGGAGCGCCUGAACCUCUUUGAUGCGGUUUUCAGAGGAAGAUUUAUGUACCACAUUGGGCGCGUGCGCCGAUGUGUUCGUGAUGGAGGAGGGACUUUUGGGGCCAGCAGUUGAUAUUUUCCUAGCUAGCACUCUGGCGCGUGGUGCAUAUCACCUGCUGGCACUUCGGGCGAAGUUUUGUUGUUUUUGAAAGCGUACGAACGCGACAAAAGGCGCCGUGGUGCGCCACGAGCUUGGCAGUGUUCGCAGUUUCAUUGGGGCGUGACUGCACUGUGAUGUAUUGCACAGGUUAUUGGUCGUGCAUUGAGCGUUCCUUUUCUAAUUAUGGCUGAUUCGAGAUGAUCGUACAUCGUAUCAAGAACAAGUGGAUGUGUCGUUGAGGUACUUGGGGUACACAUAUAGCCUCGUUGGAUUCAUGUGCAUGGAGUGCAGGUAGAGUGUGUCGAGACGGUGUGAGAUCUUGCUUCCUGACGAAGAACAUGAACAAUAAUAAUUAGAGACCAUCCAUCUCCCUUUCCUGGCAUAGCUUGACAUCUUGCACGUUUGUCGAACACACUACAAGUGCAACGUUCCCAUGCCUCCUUGAGAGUGUGAUGUUGUGAAAUUGUUCACCUGGUGAAAACUGCGCCAGUAUCGGGGGGGGGGUACUCAUAGUCGUGCAUGCCGUAGUCGUUAGACCAUUGACCUCGCAUCCCUACAAAGCCGGGACGGAGC